CAGCGACCACUGACCAGCAAAGAAAGGAAAAGCAAAGCAAAGCAAAGCAGACGCCAGAUUCUUUCUUUCCUCGCGAGGAAAAGCGAAGAGAGAAAAAAAAAAAGCAGAGAGAGAGAGAGGCCCAAAGGGAGGAGGGGAAGACAGAAGAAGAAGCCUCAAUAAUUGUUUGGGCAUCGGGAAUCCCAGCUCCGCAUCAUCAUUUGUCCAUCUCCUAGCGCUGAAUUCCAAGAGAUCUCGCCCUUCUCUCUCUCCCUCGUCCUUCCUCCUCCUCUCUCCGUUUUGGUGGUGCAAGUUGUUGGUCGCAGUGGAGUUGGCACAGGGCGUUGCCUUUUUGGGCGCACAACAAAGGCAUAGGCUGAUAGGCAGAAGGAGGAGGAGGCUUGUGCUUCUCUCGCCUUUGCGGGGCCGCCGCUUUUGGGCCUCCUCCUUCCCAUUGGAGCGUACAAAGCUGGGCGGCACCAUUUAAAGGAAGAACACCAGGAGGAGGAGGAGAUCAAGCCAAACCCCAAAGAAAGGAACAAGAGUGAGAGCGCACCAACACCCCCAAACACCAUCCAUCGCUAGUGCUGCUACACUGCGCUCCGUCCCAGCGAGAGGGGGAUCGCGCCGCUGUUGCUUCUGCCCUGCAGCCCUGCCCUUUCUCAGCCUGCCUAUCGGCGGCUCCUUCCCGACCGCGAGGACCGACGGACGGACGGAGAAAGUGUAAUCUGCAAGCUUCUCAAAUCUGGGUACUGUUUGUAAAAGAGGAGUGGCCUUUUUUCAGUAAAGCUUUGGACAUUAUCUUGUACUAGUUUGGAUGGCAUCCAUGGUUACUCUGAUGUGUUCGUGGAGCCCUGGAUGCCAAGUUCACCAUUGAUUCGCCAAUGUGGAGAUGUAACUUGUGCUACACCAUUUGUCCCCUCAUUGCAGAAGAAAGUUGGGUAGCAAAAUCAAGCGUUCUUCCGUAGCUUGGUUAAGUGUUCGUGAGGCUCAAGCCGGAGCAUCAAAUUUUGUCUGGCAUGCAGAUGUCAACAGAUCCUAACCACUACGGCGUAUUUCCGCAUUCAUUCUUUGGCCAACAUGUUGUUUCAUUUCAAACAAGUGCAAUUACCAAUGGGCCGGGAGCCAUGCCGGUCUGCCUGGACACUUCUAGUGGGAUAAAUGGUAAUCUGGCAAUGUUGAACACUACACCUUCGACGAUUGUAUCCACUGCUUCACCCAACAUGAUUCCUGAUUCUAGCCAGAGCCUAAAGUAUGGAGGUCCAAUGGCUGUGGAGUGGUCAUACCGAGAGUUACAGAUGCUUAAUGACGGCCUCCAUAAGUAUGCAAGUGAACCGGGAAUCAUGAAGUAUAUCAAGAUAGCAGCUAUGUUGCCAGAGAAGACAGUAAGAGAUGUGGCCAUGAGAUGCCAGUGGAUGGCGGAAAAGCAAAGUACAAGACGACGGAGGACUGAAGAACACAAUGUUGGAAGGAAGACUAAAGACAGAAAGGGUGUAUCUCAGGACAAAAUGGUGGAGUCGUCAUCGUGGGCUAACAAUCGUUCUGUUCCAACAGACACCAGAGGUUCUUCUUCUGUUACGGCAGCCUCUGACAUCGACCGUGCAAUGCUUAAUGUAUUGGAAGAAAAUGCUCGACUUCUCAAUCAAAUAGAAGCAAAUAUUUUGACAUCACAGGCUCAGAACAACAUUGAUCUUUUCCAUCGCACAAGAAGUAACAUCAAUAAUCUUCUACAAAGCAUGAGCCAAAUGCCUGGAAUCAUGAGCAAGAUGCCUAGGUUGCCUGUUUCAGUGGAUGAUAAGCUUGCCGGUUAUCUGCUCCCUGGUGUUAAUUUGGCCCAAGUUCUUAGCAGCAGCUAUCUGAAAGAAGAGCCAAGAGGAACUUGGUGAGCCAAUGCAAAGGUGGCUCCUCGUUUUUCAGCAAUAGAUGAAAGGUUUGGCGAGCUCUUUGCCUCGUGUCUGCGUCGAGAAGCAAGAGAGGCAAGAAACGUCCUUCUUUUCGUACCUAAUAUCCGGAGAGCCGCACUGUGGUGUGUGCCUUCAAACACGGCGUCAAGUGUGCUCUCUCUGCAAGUCUAUAUAUGAUAUUAGUCAUUGAAAAUAGGGAGGGUUUUCGCGAUUGCAGUUUUCCUCAUCUUGUUGCACAUAUUUAUUUUUACGGUUUUCUCCCCUGGUGUCCAGCUCUUGCUCCAGUCCAAGUGAUCAUCUUAACAAGUAGUGCAGCAUAGAAACUUGAUACAAAUAAUUAGGCAUCUUUGUCACUUGCAAGGCAACCCUUCUGUGUGUAAUGCAAAGCUCUCACUUCAUUGUAAUCUCUUUCCACUGAAUGAGCCGGAUAUGAUCAACA